AUGUCUAACCCUAUGGAACAGCGUAUCAAUGUUCCAAUUGACGACCCAAACGCAGACACAGAAUGGAAUGACAUUCUUCGAAAACAUGGAGUUAUCCCUGAGAAGCCACCGAGCCCAACUCCUAUGAUCGAGGAGGCCAUUCUUGAAGGACGAAGACUAGCACACGAGAACCGAUUAGAAGGCAAGGACCUUGACGAGUUGGACGAGCUAGAAGACGAUGAAGAUGAAGCUUUCCUGGAACAAUACCGCCAAAAGCGCAUGGCCGAGUUGAACAGUUUACAACAGAAAGCUCUGCACGGGACCGUAUACCCUCUUUCAAAGCCCGAAUACCAACGCGAAGUCACAGACGCAUCACGAAACGGACCCGUCUUCGUCAACCUUACGUCCGCCAUGGGAACAAAUGUCGAGUCCCGAGUCUUGACUGAACUAUGGAGACAAGCGGCUAGGGAGUAUGGCGAAAUCAAGUUUUGCGAAAUCCGAGCAAGCCAGGCCAUCGAGAACUACCCUGACCGAAACUGCCCAACAAUUUUGGUUUACAACAAGGGAGAUAUUGUCAAACAGAUUGUGACAUUAGCAACUAUCGGGGGCGUGCGAACAGGGAUGCAACAAGUCGACAAUCUCCUGGUUGGUGUUGGCGCCGUCCCUGACUCUGAUAUGCGCGUUGUCAAGAGGAGGCAAGCUGCUGAAGAUGCUGCUGAAGAUCGUUUAGCAGGCAAGACUAUCAAGACAGGAACUGCUGGAAAAUCACGAAACGUCGACAGUGAUGACGAUGACUGGGAUUAG